AUGAUCCUCUCCUCAUUUGCAUUCUUCAUCACAAUAACCAACAACAACAACACAACCAAAACAAUCCUUCCUCCCUCCAAGUCCUCCUUCUCAAACCAAAACACAUUCUCCAUCAUGUCUCUCUUCAAGUCCACCAAGAACCAGUCUGCUUCUGCUGCUGCCUCUCCUGCUCAGACUCCCCGCCCCUCGGUCGAUGCCCAGCGUCCCGCCGCACAGACUACCAAGAAGAUGACCACCGAGCAAGCUCUUGACUCUGUCCUGCACAAAGCUGUCCAGACCAUGCCUUCCAUCUCUACCGUCAUGUAA